AUGCCGCCCAAACAUCGCGACGGCGACGUCGUCGCUGUGGUAUGCCACCUCCCUGUCCCGAUGUGACAAGAGCUGCCAAUACUAUUGACCCCAUACUGAUGAAGCACGCGGCCAGAUACCCGGCCAAUGGAUCUCACACGCGCAUACAGCAGCGGCUUACAGUGCCUUCAUCGGCGCCCUGAUCGUGGGCAUGUGGCUUCACUACCACAAGAUCGUUGAGAACGAGCACUACGGCUAUCCCGUCGAAUGGUUUCCUUCCGUCAGCGCUACCAUCGGCGACCGCUAUCCCGAACGAUCCGUCUUUCAGGUCUUCAUCGCCAUCUGUUCCGGUCCCAGAUUCGCUCUCUGCUUCCUUUGGUAUUGCCUCGCCAACCGUCCCAACAGCACCUUGCCCAAAUUCGUUGCAGGGGUAGGAGUGUUCAGAACGUUGACGUGCGGAGGAUGGACAUACAUUACGAGCACGGAUGAUCAUGACUGGCACGACAUCUUCAUGAUCAGCUACUUGGUUGCUACCAUCCCGUGGACAGCCGGCUGUCUGGCAUUGAGUCCGCCCAACCCCAAAGCCAUCAAAUACAGGAAGUAUCUGGCGGGAGCUUUCUUUGGUACCAUUGUGCCUCUUGUCUAUUUCUUCAUCCAGCACAAGGUCAAUCGCGUGCCCGGAGGUAAGCGGAAAGAAAGCCAAGCAAUGCGGUCGCAACGCUCACACGCCUCAGCCUACACGAUCUACGCCUUCUUCGAAUGGUCUCUCGUCCUCCUCGACGUCGGCUUCGAUGCGGUCACCGCUAUUGACUUUGCCAGCUUCGAGCUGGUCGUAAAAGAUGUCAAGGGACUGAGCAGAGGGUACGUGCAGUGGCUUCCGAAAUAGUUGGUACGAGGUUCUUGCCUCCACAUGCAUUACAGGACAUCAUACUGAAGACGGCAUUGCUGGCAGGGAGGACAACCGCGUUCUUGAAAAGCAGAAGGACAAGCCGGUCGGACAAGUCUUCAGUCCUCUUUUCUCAUGGGACGACCUGCUCGAUGCCGCGGCCGAGGUGUACCUGGGCUUUACCUUCUGGACCGUCUUGACUGCUCUCGGCGUUGUCGUCUGGUACUUUCCCCUCUGGCACAUGGGUAUCUCUGGCUACGAAGUCGCGGUCAUGUCUACGAUUUCGCCACUUCUCCUGGGUAUUCCGCCACUCCGUCGAAUGGUGACCAAAUCUCUGCCCACUGUCCUCCUAACUACUGGCGUCGGCCUCCUAGCAUAUCUGGUCAAGACCCCCGAACAACGCCUGGGAGCUGUCAGCCUGGGCGUUUGGCAGGGUUGCUUGGCCUGGACCGCGACUUGGUGGAGCAAGCGUAACAAUCCGGCGAUGCUGGAAGCUAAGAUAUCUGCAUGGAUGAUUGGUCUCAUCGCCAGCAGCAUUUCCAAAUUUGCCUUCUGGACCAACAACCCUCUCUGGCCCAUCAUGCACGAUGCUAAUGGCGGCUUGAACAAGACCGGUAUCUUCCUCUUUGCUCUGGCCAUAUUCCGCUCUUAUCAGACUCAAACCAAGACCAUCGACAGUGCAGCCCCUCAAGACAAGCCCAAGGGUCCCUCUGCCUUUGCGGCGCUGGGUCUCGCGGGUGCAUUCUUCGGGCUCCACUCUCUGCUCUCCGACUCCAGCACCAUCAUCCUCUGGGUGUGGGAAGGCUUCCCAGUCCGGGGCCCACUCGCUGUACCUCAUGGAGCCGUCACUAUCCUAGCCAUGGGCGUUGGACUCCUCUUCGGCCUGUUCUAUCCAAACAUUGCCAGGAGCUGGAGCGCAUUUGGCGUUGGAUCGAUUGGAGCUGCUGUACUGACUUGCUUCCACAAUUGGACCGGCUACUAUGGUGGUCUCACUCUUGCCGUCUACUUGACAGCCGUCACCCCAUCUCUCAUCUCAAACGCAGUCCGCUUUCCUCCUGGUCGGACUUUCUUCCUUGGCUUCUUCUUUUACAACCUCAUGGUGCUCUUCCACGUAUGGGUUGUUGCUUAUGCCUUUGUCCCUGGUGGUCCACUCGUUCGCGAGCAUACCGAUUGGGUCAUGGCAACUACCAUGAUCAUGAUUGGUGCGGGUGUCUUCUCGUCAACUCAAAACAGCAGCCCUGCCAAACAGAAGUCAUUCCAGCCACCACCAAGCCCUGCCGCCCGGAGGCAGCGAAGCUAUUACAUCUACAUCCUCAUCGGCCUUCAGCUUCUGGGUGCCUCUGUCGCCUUCCUGCGCUUCCCAAGCUACGACUACACGCCCUACCACAAGGACAGCAAAGUCAUCACCGCUGGCAUCUGGACAAUCCACUUCAGCAUUGACAACGACAUGUGGAGUUCGGAGCGACGCAUGGAGGCACUCCUGCGGGAGACCGAACUGGACGUGGUGGGCUUGUUGGAGAGCGACUUGCAACGCAUCAUCAUGGGCAACCGAGACACGACACAGUACCUUGCCGAGGAGCUUGGUAUGUAUGUCGACUACGGUCCGGGCCCGAACAAGCACACGUGGGGAUGCGCAUUGCUAUCCAAAUUCCCCAUCCUAAACUCCACACAUCACCUCCUCCCCAGCCCCGUCGGCGAGCUUGCACCGGCGAUUCACGCGACCAUCGACGCCUACGGCGAGCUGGUGGACGUGUUCGUCUUCCACUCGGGCCAAGAAGAAGAUCCGGAAGACCGGCGUCUGCAGAGCGAAUAUCUGUCCGACCUCAUGGGCAGCUCCCCACGACCCAGCAUCCUCCUCUCGUAUCUCGUCACCAAACCCGGCGAAGGCAACUACAACACGUACGUGUCGGAGCGCAGCGGCAUGAGAGACAUUGACCCGAGCGACUGGGACCGGUGGUGCGAGUACAUCCUCUACAAGGGCAUGAAGAGGACGGGAUAUGCCCGGGUGAGCAGGAGUACGAUUACGGACACGGAGUUACAGGUGGGCAAAUUCGUCGUGGGGCAAGCGGAGGAUGUAGAGAAUCGGUUGGUGGCGGAGGAGCAGGUUCCGUACGAUCUGAGGUUUCCCACCAUGUUUCGAGGGAACGGAGUGAGGGGUCACCGGUAUCACGUUUUUGAUGAGCCGAGGUAUUACGCUUGA